GCCAAUUGCGUAGUGAUAGAUUUAAGGUAGUCAUAGAACAAUUAAGUUAGUGAUAGAUUCAAUUUCAUUCGAAAAAUGAGUAAUUUCAUUUUGGUGUGAACGCGACGAAUGCAAUGUCAGUGCAAAAUAAGAAUUAAUUGCGUGAUGAGUAAUGAAUGAAUAAAGUAUUGUAGUCGAAUAAUUGAUUGAAGCAAGCGCGAGAAAUGACAAUAACCUGGUAAUAAUUUGUUGAAUGGAAUGGAUCGAAAAAUGUACUGAUUCUGUUGAUUAGGUUAAGUUAGGUAAACAAACAUUCUACACGUGUUUCAAUAAAUAUUUAUAAUCAUGUCGUUUCACCGCGAAAGAAAGAACGCGACAGAUGAAAAGGAGAACAUGGAGGACAUCACGUCAGACUUUGUGUGCUUUAAGAUAUCUGCUCUCAAGAAAGUAGCGCGUAUAUCAAUGGCAGAAGUAAAUAAUGUAACAAUUGGACCUCAGUCGAUAAUGAAUAAAAGUGAUACUAAUGAUAAUGUGGAGAAUAUCCAGGAUGAACAAAAUUCCUCUAACAACAAGAACCUGCAGAAGAUUAAUACCAGUCCUAAGUACCAUUCAAUAUCGACUUUAAAUGGUACAUCCUUUUCAGUCAAAAAGAUUUUUCAGGAGAACGAGCUGCAAAGAAAGGAAGAAGUUAGGAAAAAAAUGGAGCAUCGUAUCCAAUGUAUGAAUGAAAACAGUCGUGUUAUCAAAGAAGAAAUGGAGAAAAUGCGUAUGUCAAUGGCACAUGAACGUGAGCGCAGAAAUGCUGAGUACUUGGCAGAUAUUCUAGCAGAAGAAGAGCGUAUAGCCAAGGAAGAGGAGAUGAAGAGACAGCACGAACAACAAUUAUAUGCACAACGUGUUCAAGAGCAAAAGGAGAGACUCGAACGCGAAAUGGAGGAGUACAGGAAACGGAUGAAAGAGAAAGAAGAGUUAAUAAGAGCUAUAGUGAUCCAGCGUGGCCACUUCACAGCUAAAUAUUGUGAUAUAGUGUCAUUAUCUAAGACUUGCAAGGAUAAGCAUGCUUUAAAUGUAUUCUUCGCAACAAAUGGAGCAAGGAUCAAAGAACUGUGCCAACAAAUUGAGGCCAUAGACGAAAAAAUCAGAAGCGGUGACAUGGUAAUUACAGAUGUGAAUUCAAUUGAAACUUUGGUUCAUCACAUUGAGGACAUGCUAAGUUUAUUUCGAGCGGAGAUGGAAAAAGCAGACGCUCAAUAUGAAGCAGAGUUGGCUCGCAAAGCGCAAAUUGAUAGUGCGAUUCAAGCUCCAGUACCAGAGACUGAAAGUAUAACAGUCAACAAAGUGGUCAACACGGUGGUUCCUUCUCAACAGCUUGUUGAAAGCAAUACUGUGGAAAAAGAAAAUAUGAAUCAAGACGUCAGUGCGGUAACAAACAAGGAAGUAGCUGUACCUGUCGCAUCAAACGCUACUAACGUGUUGAUCGAACCGUCCACAUCUGAUCCUAAACCGGAAGAAGCGCCUAAGGAUACUGCAGAAUGUAAAGAUGGCUGUUCUUAUGAAUAUGUCGACCACGAGUCGCUGAACAUUUAUAACAGAAGCCGACAAUUCUUGGCCGCUUAUAGACAGAGUUACAAGGAUUUCUUACAAUCGCCUGAUACUAAAAAAUUACGCUUCGAGUGCCAGAAAGCAAUUAAUAUUCCAGUGAAUGCGAUUGCCGGUACUAGUGAGCAACACUUGAGAGACAAAUACGAUAGGCUGCAGAGUCUCCUAACUGGAAGAUCGACUCCUAAUCUGAUACAGCAUCCGCAAGGAACAUUUUUCUGCAAGGAUCAUGUAGCGAAAAAGAUAGUUAACCAAGGCGAAACACUAGUAUCUAGUAAACCAGAAAUGGCCUUUCCCAUCGCGGCGAUAGUAGUUGCUCUCUGGAACGAGCAUACCGAUUUUGGUGAGCUUGUCUUGGCACAUCUACACGAAGCAUGCCCUUUUAUUGUACCAGUCUUCCCGUUGCGACAAAAAGAUCAAUCAAACGAGGACUAUUAUAAGUCUCUUGGCUGUAAAUAUUCCGAGGACGGUACCUUCGAAAAGCAGGACAAGUACUUAAAACGAAUGUCGGGUUUGAUGAGACUAUAUGUGUCGAUUACUGUCACUCAGCAGAGGAAAGGUAUCACCAAGACUCAUCCCCAUGGUCUUCAGUACGCCUGGCGAUGGUUAGCAGCCGUUUUGAAUAUCGAACCAAGAGCUGACACGUGCGAUCUGUGCGCUACUUUAAUAUUGGACAUGCUUGAGGUAGCCGGGAACGUGCUAUGGACUGUUUAUCCGAGUCAGUUUCGUAAGUUAUUGAUACUGUUAAUAGAGGAGUAUUAUCCCCGUAUGCAGAACAUUGCUGACGGUGGUGGACCUCUGGUGCGGUUGGAGGAGUUCCUGAACAAUGCUCUGGCGCAGAAUAUUAUACGUGUCGCUGAUGGAAUGCUUUUGCCUAACUUCUGGUGAUCUUGUUUUGCGAAAUAUUGUCUAUACAACUUAAACAUAAGCUGAAUUUAAAUCUGUCUAGUAAGUCGUUUAGGAAUGUACGACAGUCUCAAAAAUUCGAAUUUUGGAUGUUACUUUAGGAAUGCUCGAAAAUUUCAAUUAACAGUAAGAAUUGAAGAGGCAAAUAAGGAGUACAGCACGGAUGUCUUAGUGCUAUUAAAUAUUAAUAUUACUUUUAAUAUUAGUAUAAUUAUACUAAUAUUAAUUAGUAUAAUUAUAAUAUU